UGGUCGAUGCUAGACAUUUUCACUUUGGUCGACAAAAAAACGACAGUUGUUGUCCGCCAACAUGUAGUCUUCGUGUGUACGCCCUUACCAUGCUCAUUACGCCACAUCGACCGCACGCGCGCGCAUACCUUGUGUUCUUGGUGUGUCUUUAUGUGUGUCUGCUAGGUCGUUCGAAAAUAUUUGCCUUUUUUUAACUUCCGUUCUCGUUUCGUUUUGUACGCGCUUUGUGUAUCGUUUUUUUAAUCGGCGGAGCAAAAAGCACUUUGUUCCGCUCAUUUGUUGUUUCCUGCGAACAAUAAAACUCUGCAUCGACGUUAACGUGAUGAGUCAGCGGCCAGUGACGUCACCUGCAAGCAUGUCGUACUUACUGUAUGUCCAGCAUGCUAGUUGUAUGUUUUGCGGUUCAGUGUCCAGCAGUCUAAUUGUAUGCUGUGCAGUUUUGUGUCCAGCAUUGUAGCGCUGUGUCAUAAUUGUGUGUCCAGAAAUCUUGCUAUGCUUUGCAGUACUAUAUGUCCAGCACUCGAACAGUAUGCGUCGCUAUUCUACAUGUCUAGCGCUAUGUGUGUGUCACAGUUGUGUGUCUAGGAGUGUAUUUCUAAGUUGUGCAAUUUUAAAUGUUUUCCAGUCUUGUACUAUAUGUCCAGUAGUCUAGCUCUGUUGUGCAUACAGAAGGCGCUGAUGGAGGAUCAGCUGUCUUGACCACAAAAUAGAAAACUGUUGUGAGGUGUCAGGUUGCACCCACCCACACACACGCGCGCAAACAUGCUUCCUUCACCUGUGGACGAAGCGCACAAGCUGUAGUCAGUGGUUUCCAAAUUUUUCAAACCUGAAACCAUGAGCCCCCUAAUCCUGCACACUUAAAAAACAAAAACCUUUAUCUGAAUUAACUUGAAAUAUUUCACAUGAUUAAUUGGUUAAUUAAUUUGGUAGGUAAUUCCAAACCAAAGAAAAGAGGAGAGUAAUUCACUUUAGUUAAAAAAAUGUUUUCAGAUAAUUAUUAGACCAGAUUCUUUUUUUUUACAAACUGAAAAACAUGUGUUCUUACCUUUUGUUUAUAUAUGAAGUACAUGCAGUCUUUGCUUCUCCAGGAAAAGUUCUGAUACUUUGAUGGAAAAGUCCGAUCACCUCCUGGUGAGUUUGGGUGUAUAGUCCUCCAUCUUGGCAGUCCAAUUCAUUCAUGCACGCCCCCACCUCUUCAGGAUGCAGCGGUAGUGCAAGUGCCUUUAUGUAUUUUAUUGUCUGAUAAGCAAGAAUAAUGAUGUCACAUGUAAAUUAAAGACAUUACACAGGCUGUAGAAAGUCAUGAUGUAUAAUAAAUGUUUUUGCAACAUUCUAAUAAUGGUGACAUGCCAACUCUGCACUCAGACGGUAGGUGAGUCUUGUACAUGGUGGCCUCACCUUAGGUUUCUUCACAGUAUUUGAUCAGGAAAUCUGCAAAUUCAGAAAAAUGCAAUUUUCUUAAUUAAAAAUAAUCAUUUUUAACAUAUUUUCAACAUUUCAAAUGACGAUCACACAGAAAAUGCAUUUAUAAUACAGUUCAAUGGAUAAAUAAUAUUUGUUUUGUUAUUAUUCUUUUUUUUAUAUUUCAUAAUGACAGGUGAGGCCCUGAGCGCACGUCACUUGAUGUAGGGAUCCUUCCAUUUGAAUGGUUUGAAUUUGAACUUCACUUUUUUGUCCACUCGCAAUCGCAGUGCUUUAUGUCUGCAUAUUAAUUGAAUGGGAAAGUUUAACAUGCAUGAUAAGCCAGUAUCCCAAGUACUAAAAUUAGGGCUGAUGUAAGUUUGCUUUAACGGCACCAUUUGUUUUGACAAACGUCCUUGUUUGAGCCUCGGCCCACACCGUAGUUUGACGAAAUGUAGGGGUAGGGUGGCAGAUACUGUAGCUCUCACAGCAAGACCGAAGUUAUUUGGAUCUACUGUGCUUUGAGUUGAGUUGUCACUGAGUACGUACGUCGACUGCCAGCGAGAAGUGACAAGGUGGAGCACUGCUGGUAUUUUUUAAAUUGUCAUUUAUGCAGUGGUACCUUGGCAUACGAGUGUUUUUUAGAUGCGAGCCAUCUCUUGGCUGUUUUUUUGCUUUGAACUGCAAGCUGAAAUUUGUGUUACAAGCUGAUAUUUACCGGCAGGCAUAACCAAGGACAGCUGUUUGGGGGGGGGGGUGUAAAUGUGACCAUGGCUGAAGAUGAGAAUAGAUGUAAAUAGCAUUAGCAGCGCUAACAUUAGAAGAGCACUAGCUAGUCACCGGGAAAGAUUUUCAACACAUCAUCAAAACAUACGUACAUUAUAGCGAUGUAAUUUAUCUUAUUAUGUAUUGUGUAAAACUAUGACAGGAACAACAUCAAAUUAAAAGCACAAAAUGAAUACAGACCCACCAUCCACUAGUACGACCCUGGAGUUUGUUUUUCAGAGAGGUCCAGCGCACAUAUAUGCACUAUAUUAGCACUCGAUGAGGUCAUCAAAUCUUAUCUUUAUGUAUUCACACCUAGUAUCAGCAUUUGGGACCAAAUAUCAGGUGAAAGGGGAAAAAUAUAGUAUAGUAGUCUUAUCAGUGCAGCGUGGGAGAAAGUUAGAAGGUGCGUUCAAGGACCGUCGAACAAAGAGGGACAAGUCGCCGGUAGCAUUAAACAUGCAAAAACGGGGAGAUUUCUAACUGUAUAUUAUUUUUUGAAUAAAAUAAUGGCCCAUAUUUCAAAAAUGUAUAUCCCUUUACAUAAAAUUUGAUAUACGGUAGUUAUUUUAUUUUUGAAGUGUUUUUUUUUUUUUUUUAUCAUUCCCCUUGAACGUUUCCCGUGGCCCAGUGGUUGGGGACCUCUGCCUUGCAGCAUGCUUGAUGUGCUCUUUUACACAUUUGAAAAUACUGCAAGAAUGCCACUCUUAUAGAAUUGGCUUCUUUAUUUUAUAACGUAAGAUUAAUGUCUACAUCAACAAAUGUAACUGUUGAAUCGUAUCGUUUGUACACUGUAUAGAAUUGUAUAAAAUUGUUCUGUUUUUAAAAUAUCAUUUUUCAAUCGGUGUCUUAGCCCGUGUAUCUGGCUGCGUAUCACAUCGUUUACCACAAAGAGAUUUGUAUCCCGACUUAUUAGGGAUGAAAAACUUCUUUCUAUCUGCAUUUCUUGCGAUUUAAUUAUGAGUUAACAUGGACAAAAUAUGAUUAAUCGCAAUUAAAUAUUUUAAUUGAUUGACAGCCCUAACUAAAAUACAUACAACCAGCAAUAAAGGCUUAUUUUUGGGGAAACCCCCACUCUUUCAUCCAGACACACACACACACACACACACACACUCACACACGCUGACAGGCUUUGACCGCUGCGCAGUGUGGGGAUCGGAACACCCAAUAUAAAUGAAUUCUUCAAGAUUAAAAAACUCUUAAUGCGCGACAUAUCAAACUUAGUUAUUUGUUAAUUUAACACACACAGAGCAAUGAACAACUUCAUACUUCAACUUCAUUGUCUCCUUCUUUCUGCUUCAUGCUCUUUGGACUGUGCAGGAUCUGUGAGGCUUUCAGGUGCAAAUGUAAUUGUGAGUGUUAGGCGCAAAUUUUUUUGACCUUUAUUCACAUACCCAAUUUAGGUGGGUUGUAGAUCAUGGUCUUGGUUACCUAGGACAUCCAUCCAUCCAUUUUCUAUGCAGCUUAUCCUAAUUAGGGUCAAGGGGGUAUGCUGGAGCCUAUCCCAGCUGACUUCGGGCGAGAGGCAGGGUACAUACACCCUGGACUGGUCACUAGUCAGUCGCAGGGCACAUAUAGACAAACAGUCAUUCACACUCACAUUCAUACGUAUUGACAAUUUAGAGUUAAACUAACAUGCAUGUUUUUGGAAUGUGGUAGGAAACCAGAGUACCGGAGAAAACCACCUCUGACAUGUCAAGCAAAAUGUUAUAUGCCUUUAUUAGUUAUGUUAGUGGAGCUGAUCAGUUAACAUGGACACUCAGCUAAUGUCUCCUUAUGUGCAGCACGAUGGACAAGAGCCACACGGUGAAGCUCUUUGUGGGCAACCUGGCGUUGGACACCACCCAGGAGGAGCUGUCAGCCAUCUUUGAGCCGUAUGGGCACGUGGUCAGCUGCAGCGUGCUGCGACAGUUCGCGUUUGUACACCUGCAGGGUGAAGGCGCCGCCGAGCGGGCCAUCCGCGAGCUCAACGGACGGGAAUUUCGCGGACGGAACCUGGUGGUGGAAGAAUCGAGGGGACGGCCACUUCACUCCACCAAAGUCUUUGUGGGGAAUCUGAGCGGCAUGUGUACCACAGAGGAUCUCCAGCAGCUCUUUCAGACCUUUGGGAAAGUUCUGGAAUGUGACAAAGUCAAAGCCAGGCAUUCUUCUUCCGUAGGUUAUGCCUUUGUGCAUAUGGAAAACAAAGAAGACGCACUUCAGGCCAUCGAGGCACUUCACGGCACUUCCUUCAAAGGGCGUCCGCUCUCCGUGGAGCUCUCCAAGGUUCAGCCAAGCAAGCAGACACCCACUGGGAAGCUCCCGUGCGUCAACUGUGGGAAGCAGGGCCACUACGCUGGUGAGUGUCCGGUGGGGAAGCCUACGCUGGAGCAGUACCAGAGUCAGGCCGCUGUUCUGGCCGCUGCGGCUGCCGCCGCCGCCGGCCUGCCUCUGCAAGUGCAGCAGAGUGUGCACAACUCGGUGUACAACACAUCCACGUUUGAUCCCACAUACGCCGCCCUGACCGGGAUCUCCACAGGCACGCGCACAGACGGCAACCCUGUGAGCCCGGCUGUAUACGGUGCCCUCGCCAGUCAGGUGUAUGGCGCCAAUGUGGCCAAUCAACUGUACGGAUCAGUGGCCAAUCAGGCAGCUCUGACAUCAGGAGCCGCUCAAGUUUACAGUUCAGUCACCCCUAACCUCUACGGCCAGGUGGCAGCAAAUCCCGCCGCCGCUUACACAACGCCUGUUUACACGCCGACCAUGGCCAACCCCAUCUACCUGGCUGCCGCUCCUGGGAUAGACAUGCCCACAGCUGCGGCGGCGGCAGUCAACCCUGCCUACACAGUUGCGCCGGCGCCCGCUUACGCUCACAUCACCGCCAUGGGUGCAGCAGAUCCUGCAACAGCCAUCUUUGAAGCAGCCAGGCAGGCACAUUAUUUUGCUCAGGGUCAGCAUGUCAUGGCCGAGCAGCAGGCAGCGGCGGCUGCAGUAGCCAAGUCCGGUGAACGAGACCGCAGUCCGCUGCGAAGGACGGCCUCCCUCCUACCAGACCCCAUCAUGAAGCCGUUUAUAUACCAGAGAGCCAAACCACGGCGCUCGCUACUCCCGACACCCGCUGGCCGCACCGCCGAGGAGGCGGCAUCUGAGGUGGCCGAGGACCCUGUAGCAAGGUACUAUGCCGACUACUACCAGCAGCUGCAGCAGUACCCUCAGUUCCAGUACGCCUACCCCUCCCCUGGGGCCGUGACCGCGCUUGCCGGCAUGCCGGCGGUGCCCGCCAUGACCACCCAGCCCGUGGCCACGCUGGAUGCCCUCAGGCCAGUGGUUCCCACCGCCGCGGCUGUGGCAGCCGCCAUGGCCACACCCAGGGUGUAUGAGCCGCCGUUGCCGCCGCCCACACGCAAGGAGUCCAUCCUCCGCCGCCCCGAACUCUCCCUUCACACGCCUGAGCCCCCUUUCCGAUAGUCUGCCCCCACCC